GACAGAAGGCAUUUAUAUUUCUUGCUACAUCAGUCAGAUCAAAUAAUGGCAGCUACAGUGGUUGUCCAGCAGCCUUAUAUAGCGCCAAAUAGAAAUGCAUGGAGUUCAGGGCUGUGCGACUGUGGCCAGGACAUGAAGUCUUGCUGCUAUGCAUUUUGGUGCUGCCCUUGCUUUGCUUGUUCCACCACUGGGGAGUUUGGGGAGAGUACCUGCCUGCCUCUGUUAGACAUGUUAGGCCCGGGCUUCAUGGCUGCUUUUGGGGUGCCAGUAUGUGUGCCACCGGUGACUCUGGGAAUGCGGGUGGCAGUUCGCCACAAAUAUGAAAUCCGGGGCAGUAUCUUCGAGGAUAUCCUGGUGUCCUGUUGUUGUAUUUGGUGUUCCUGGUGUCAGAUGAGCAGAGAAAUCAAGGAGCGUAAAAAACCCAUCACCAUAAUGACCACACAACCCAUGGUACAGGCUGUUCCUAACAUAUCCACCACCACCACCACCACACAUGUUGUGGGAGGGCAGGCGUAUAUGCCACAAGCCCAGAUGGGUUCACCUUAUAUCCAGACUUUUCCAUAUGGGGAAGCCCCAGCUGCCAUUUAUCCUAAAUAGAUUUCACUUACUUUAAAGAUUCAAUACAUAAUGGCUGUUCCAAAUUUGCCAUGUUUAUGUCUAUACACUAUGCCGGGCUUAUCCCAGUACCAGAAUAAGAUGCAUGUUUAAGCUCAAUAUUGUAUGUCUUGCACUGACAUAUUUUAACAUAUAUCAUGCCAUUGUUGUGUCUCAAGGUGCACACCAAUAUUGUUUUUGGUAAGGUUUGUAAAAACUACUAUGGGGCAGUUUCCCGGACAGGGUUUAGAUGAAUCUCACAGAAUGUCAUGUUAUAGUCAAAAUUUGAUCAAUUUAUUUGUGUCAAUGGCACGAAAUUCAGCUUUUUUCGUGCCUCGACCACCCAUGUCUUUUUCGUGAAAGUAUUUUUCGUUUCAUUUUAUGUAUUGUUUUCUCAUUGUUUUUUCCCAUUUUCUUAACAUUGUCGCUUGGGGUUGUGGUUAGAAUCACUUUCUGUUACAUUUUUAGACAUCCUAACCCCAAAUCCAACCCCAACUCCAGGCGAGAAUAGUUUUAAAGCGGAAGAAAAACAUAGAAACCAAUACAUAAAAGUACAUCCUAACCCAAACCCCAAAUCUAACCCCAAGCGACAAUGAUUUAAAAAUAGGGGGAAAAACCAAAAAAGAAGAAAACACUACAUAAAAUGACACAAAAAAGAAAGUCGUGCCACGGACACGAGAAACACUGUAAAAAAUACUUUGCUGCCUUAAAAUUUUUUGUUGAAUCAACUCGGAUUUACAAGUCAUUUCAACUUACUAUUAUUUAUCUUGACUAGAGAUAAGUUGUUAUAACUACAGGUGAGUUGUUAUAACUUAUAAAAUUAAAUUGACUUUUCUCAACUAUAUUUUAUAAGUUGUGACAACUCAUCUCUGUUGACAUGACUUGUAAAUCUGAGUUGAUUUGACAAAAAAAAAUUAAGGUAGCAAAGUUUUUUUUACACUGUAUUUAUAGAAAUAAAGACAUUUGUGCUCAAGACAUGUGAGAAAUCUGAAUUUCGUGCCAUGGACAUGAAUAAAUUGAUAACAUUUUUGGUGAAUAUAACACGACUUUCCAUGAGAUCAUGUUGGAGAAUACGGAGUGACCUGUGAUCAAUAUCAGCAGUUUAAUGCUGUAUAACGCAUGGUUAAUAUUUUAUUUUGGGGUUUGGGUAACUAUUAUUAUAGAGUUUUUCUCACAUUCUUUUUUAAACUAUGUUGUGUAUGAAAGAGUAAAACAUAUAAACACACAAUAUUAUUUUCAGUUUAGUUCAAUAAUAAUAGCAUGUUAGACAGUCUGAAAAACUUUUUUUUCUUAAUGUGUUUGCAUUCUUUGUAACUGUAAAUGUUUAUGUGAAC